AUGGCCCCGGCGGUGGCAGAGACUACAAGCGCUAGUGCCCUGUUCGCAGGCGAGCUCGGGAAAGCUGGUAUCUCUCUUUUCCUCUAUGGAAUCUACCUUGUUCUCUUCUUUAUCGCCGUUGUCUCCCUGACACGACGCCCGCCACAAGGCAGCCGCCGCUUCAUGCUCGUUUCGACUCUGAUGACCUUCCCGUUGGCCACGGUGCAGGCGACCAUCGCGCUCGCCUGUGUUGGCGCCGUCGUCGAUCUUGUUCACCUGCAAAAAGGCAAGAUGGUGGAAAUCGACAACCACUCAACGUUGGGUCGGCUGACGGCGGCACACCAGCUAGUCUUAGCCGUGAAUAAUCUACUCACGGAUAUCAUCUUCCUUCAUCGAUGUCUGAAGGUCUGGGGUCGCCGUCGCGUCGUCCUAGCUGUACCAAUCAUUCUUAUGACUGCGACGCUUGUUGUCGGCAUUUCCUUAUCCCUUAUCGGUCUCAAUGCAUCCAAUGCCCAGCUUGAGCUCAUCCCAUUCACACUGGGACUGAGCACCACCCUCUUGCUUGCUGCCCUGACAGGUGGCCGAAUCUGGUGGAUGCAGCGUGCACUGUCCGUGCUCGGGGAAAAUGCUCUGCGAAACGGGCAGACUCCCGAGAUCCGUGGCCGAUACACACUCGCGCUCAAGAUUCUGAUCGAAUCCGGUGCCAUAUAUAGCAUCUGUGCCCUCGCCAUGGUGAUAUCUAUCGCAUCUCCCAGCAAAGUGAAUGGGAACUGGACGAUUAGCCAUCUGGUCAUUGUGGGGAUCGUACAGCAGGGCGUGAACAUCGUGCCCAUGUUCGUCGCGGUGCGGGUCGGAUGGAAAGCCAACCGCACACCGCGUUCUCAAGCGGCUGCGCCGGCCAAUAUCACACUCCCGGGAUCCAAUGCAGCUUGGGGCCCAUAUCCGCAGACACCACGACGUGCGGUUGAGAUCCGCCCCAGACGCUCGGACUCGGGGGCGAGCCUGCUUGACAGCGAGGGCAAGUUCGUCGAUGGACGAGUGUCCGAGGAGAAGGUGGUGCUCAGUGUUGUCUAA